UUUUUGACAAAUGAGUCACUGGAAACAGAAAACAAACAUUUUGUUUUUAAUUCAUUUGUUGUUAUUUUCUUUUUACUGUCAAAACAACAUUUCACCUUUUAUUUGUAAUUAACAAUGCAGAAAUUAUUUGGUUCUUCGUCUACUUUUGAUCCACUUGUGGAGAAAGCCACCGAUGAAUGCAAAACAUCCGAAGAUUGGGCUUUGAUUAUGGAUAUUUGUGACAAAGUCACAACUGAGCCUAGUGGACCUAAAGACUGUCUACGUUCAAUCACCAAAAGGUUAAACAAUCCCGUGCCCCACGUCCAAAUGUUAAGUUUAACACUUCUAGAUGCUUGUGUCAGCAACUGUGGUAAAAAGUUUCAUCUUGAAGUGUGCUCCAGGGAUUUUGAAAGCGAAAUUAAAAAAAUCUUAUCCAAGGGACAUCCUAAAGUUAGCGAAAAACUUCGUAAUUUGGUUAAAAAAUGGGCAGAACAAGAGUUUAAAAGUGACCCGCAACUCAGUCUGAUACCUUCACUUUAUAAUAAAAUGAAAAACGAAGGUGUUGAAUUCGUAUCUUCCGAUCCUCCCAGAAGAUCAGUAGCUCCCCUUCCAUCUGAUCCAAACAUUGUGACUAGCAACCAGGAAGAAGAAGAUAUUGCAAAAGCAAUCGAAUUGUCCUUAAAAGAAACCAAAUCGCCUAAGUCUACGACAGCAACAAACUACAAGUCAUCUGCAAAUAGCAUCAACACUAGCAGCACGCUUUAUCCGAAAUUCACUGAUGCCAUGUCAGCUUUAUCAAUUAAUGAAACCUCUAACUCUGUCAAAGUGAAAGAGCCUUACAAAGUAAGAGCUUUGUACGACUUUGAGGCCGCCGAAGAUAAUGAAUUGACAUUCCAAGCAAAAGAAAUCAUACUUGUAUUAGAUGAUAGUGAUCCUAACUGGUGGAAAGGUUCAAAUCAUCGAGGAGAGGGACUUUUUCCUUCUAACUUUGUAACCACGCAAUUAGAUGACCCUGAGACACAUGGAAAUUCAAAAAAGAGAAACGUCCAAUUUAAUGAAGAUGUUAAAAUUAAAACCCUCGAGCUGGAACCUCAGCAUGUGGAAAUAGAUGCUGAAAAAAUUGAUAGAUUGUUGCAUCUUUUACUUGAAGCUGACCCAACUGGUGAAAUACCUGACACAGAAGAGCUAAUACAAUUAGAAGAGCAAUGUAUGCAAAUGAAUGACCUAAUUGAUCAAGAGCUUGAAAAAAUUGACAAGAAACAUGCAGACCUUACAGGAGCUAAUCAAAAAUUAACUGAGUCUUUGAAAAUGUAUCACUCACUCAUGAAAGAUGCCUAUCCAUUAACAACUACUGGUCACUACUCAUCAAAUUACAUGCCAAUGAGAGGUCAAAUGUAUCAAGCGCCGCAAGUUUAUCAACAACCAAUCGUGAAUCAUCCUCAUGGGUCUCAUAUUCCCUCUCAAGUUCUUCCCCAGCCACUUCCUCAGCAGAUGAAUCAACCCAUUCAACAUCCGAUUCCACAGCCCGCUCCCCAAUAUCAACAAAACUUUUCUACUCCUUUUGCUCCACAUAAUAUGAUGCCUUCAAGUGGACCUUUACCUACAAAUGAUGGUUAUGCAUCAGCUCCUCUUCCAGCAAAUCCAAAUUAUGAUAAUAGCCAAUACUAUGGCAAUCAAUAGAUCAAUGCUAUCAAUGAGGCCAAAAGUGGGACUUUUAAAUGAAAUUAUCAGUCAAAUAAAAUAAUAAAUUCAGAUGAUCAUCGUGUUAUCAA